UUACAACAUUGUCAUUUAUAUGAUAAGUUGAGGUUCUAAUCAGAGGACUCCAGCAUCUGCUGGGGUGGUGAAAAAUAGCUUCAAAAAGAGACAUUAGUUGGAAUGUGCCAUGGAGAUCAUUGAGUUCUUCAAAGUUCUUACAAAAAAUUAAAAAGAGUAAAGAAAAUUUCUGCAUGUAUCUCUGUGUGUGGAUGUGUGUGUGUGUGUGUGUGUUUUAAGGGAGAAAGUUUUGAGUAAUAUUUGCUUGUGACACAUACUGAUGAUAGCCAGUAACUGAAACCCAGCCAUUGUAGUGUUUUAUACACAGCUGGUUUUUAUUAAUGAUGGAAUAUUUAUGCUUGCUGCACAAUUCGUGGCUCAUUUCCAUGUGUAUGUCAGAACUUAAAUACCCCCCAAAGCAACAUUAAGAUAACAUUAAAUAUAAAUGUGGCCAAGCUAGAAAGGGUGGAUUGGGGGAGUCCUCUUUAUCCUUAUUGAUGUUGCUUCAGAUCACAAUAACUGCCUCCCAACCUUAGGCAUUGAUGCUGAUCUUUAUUUUUUCCCUUUAUAUAUCCUGUAGCAUGCUUCAAAUUUUGAUCCUUUUGAUAUGGACAAAUGAUUGCCCCCCCCCACCCAUAAUGCAGAUGAAACUGAUGUAUGUGUUUUUUAAGAGCAUAUUUUCCCUGCACAUGCUUCUCAUUAUCCGAGAGGCCUGGACUCAAUCAGUAAAGGAGCAGAGAAACCACAUAAUUGAAAGGAGAAUGACGGUGGUGCAUACUUGGAAUAUUUGUGGGAAGGAGAUUGCUGACAUCAGAAAAUGUAGUGGCCUGAGUGUUAACAGCAUUGAAGAGAAAUAAGCUUUCUGUGUUUCUGUGCAUUGAGAAUUAUUUUUAAGGGGAUAAAAAUAUGGGCCAGGUUUGACAUCCUUUUAUGAAGUUGCCCUGGAAACUUUGAUGAAGGUUGUUAUAGAAUGGCUCAAUUAAAUAAAACCUUCCCCAUUAGGAAGCUAAUUAGUACAUCACUUACUCAUUUCGGUUGUUUUCAAGGGGCAUGGAUUUGCAUUGAAUUAAUGACAUUCUUUUCCAUGUGAUAGCAAAGUAAGAUAAAAAUCACAGAUGGGGAAAAUUAUUUAGAUUGCCUAUUUUGAAGAAAUCGAAUUUCCUCUUUAUUACAUUUAGGUUUUCAGUUCAGAUUUUUCUUUUACUCUGGUUAUAUACAGUGAUCACAUUUUAGUUUAGUAGCUAGUUUUACUUUGUGGAUCAUGGGCUGUAAACCAAAGCUUAUUAGUUUGAGUUUCCCAUAUGAAUUGGAGAAAUACGACAAAUGACAAUAAACCAUUUUAUUAAGAGCUGCGAAGAAGGACGAAUAAGAUAACAGAAGUGAAAGCUUCUGUCUCCUUAGAAGAAAGGCUGAGAAACUUAAGAGUGACCAGUGGUUGGACUCUUGGCGACGCUUACCCUGAACCUGAGUGUUAGGGCAGAGGGAAUCUACUGUUGCGGUUUCUGGAGCUGCUCAUAAGCAAGAAUUCCCUAUCCUGAGCAAGGCUUUAAGCCUAAAAGAAAGCAGAAAUAGGUCAAGGGCAGCCCAGGUGCCCAAUUUCUCUCUCUCUUCACAAGGCACCACCAGCAAUAGAGAUGAGAAAUUCUGAUGAACAGCCAAGUGGAGGAACCACGGUGUUGCAGCGUCUGCUACAAGAGCAGCUUCGCUAUGGUAAUCCCAAUGAGAAUCGCAACCUGCUUGCCAUACACCAACAAGCCACAGGGAACGGCCCUCCUUUCCCCAGUGGCAGUGGGAACCCAGGCCCUCAGAAUGAUGUGUUGAGUCCUCAAGACCACCACCAACAGCUUGUGGCUCAUGCUGCCCGACAGGAACCUCAGGGGCAGGAAAUCCAGUCAGAAAACAUCAUCAUGGAGAAACAGCUGUCUCCUCGGAUGCAGAAUAAUGAAGAACUCCCGACCUAUGAGGAAGCCAAGGUCCAGUCCCAGUAUUUUCGGGGCCAACAGCAUGCCAGUGUCGGAGCUGCCUUCUAUGUCACUGGCGUGACCAACCAGAAGAUGAGGACUGAGGGACGCCCAUCAGUUCAGCGGCUCAAUCCUGGAAAGAUGCACCAGGAUGAAGGACUCAGAGAUCUUAAGCAAGGACAUGUUCGCUCCCUGAGUGAACGACUCAUGCAGAUGUCACUGGCUACCAGCGGAGUUAAGGCCCAUCCACCUGUUACCAGCGCUCCUCUCUCCCCACCACAACCCAAUGACCUGUACAAGAAUCCCACAAGUUCCAGUGAUUUCUACAAGGCCCAAGGGCCACCUCCCAGCCAGCAUAGCCUGAAGGGCAUGGAACAUCGAGGCCCCCCACCAGAGUAUCCCUUCAAGGGCAUGCCACCCCAAUCUGUAGUGUGCAAGCCCCAAGAGCCAGGGCACUACUAUAGUGAGCAUCGUCUGAACCAGCCAGGGAGAACAGAGGGGCAACUGAUGAGGUAUCAGCAUCCCCCUGAGUAUGGAGCAGCCAGGCCAACACAGGACAUCUCAUUGCCUUUGUCAGCCCGGAACUCUCAGCCUCACAGCCCUACUUCUUCCCUCACAUCUGGGGGUUCCUUGCCCUUGCUGCAGUCUCCACCAUCUACUAGAUUGUCUCCUGCCCAACACCCCUUGGUCCCCAACCAAGGAGACCACUCGGCUCACCUGCCUAGGCCACAGCAGCAUUUCCUCCCUAACCAGGCUCACCAGGGGGAUCAUUACCGUCUCCCCCAGCCUGGCCUGAGUCAACAGCAGCCACAGCAGCCACAGCCACACCAUCACCACCAUCACCAGCAGCAGCAGCAGCCAGGAGAAGGCUAUUCCGCUAUGCCACGAGCUCAGCAGUCGUCUGCUUCAUAUCAGCCAAUGCCAGCCGACCCUUUUGCCAUUGUUUCCAGAGCCCAGCAGAUGGUUGAGAUUCUCUCAGAUGAGAAUCGGAACUUGCGGCAGGAGUUGGAAGGAUGCUAUGAGAAGGUGGCGAGACUGCAGAAGGUGGAGACAGAAAUCCAGCGAGUCUCAGAGGCAUAUGAGAACCUUGUCAAGUCAUCCUCCAAAAGAGAGGCCCUGGAGAAAGCAAUGAGAAACAAGCUUGAGGGCGAGAUUCGGAGAAUGCAUGACUUCAACAGGGAUCUGAGAGAGCGUCUGGAGACGGCCAACAAGCAGCUUGCAGAGAAGGAAUAUGAGGGGUCAGAAGAUACCAGAAAAACCAUCUCUCAGCUCUUUGCAAAAAAUAAGGAGAGCCAGCGUGAGAAGGAGAAACUGGAAGCGGAGCUGGCCACUGCCCGUUCUACUAAUGAGGACCAAAGGCGACACAUCGAAAUCCGAGACCAGGCCCUGAGCAAUGCCCAAGCCAAGGUGGUAAAGCUGGAAGAAGAGCUAAAGAAGAAGCAAGUGUAUGUAGAUAAGGUGGAAAAGAUGCAGCAGGCUCUUGUACAGCUCCAGGCAGCAUGUGAAAAGCGAGAGCAGCUGGAGCACCGUCUCCGGACACGACUGGAAAGAGAACUGGAAUCCCUCCGAAUCCAGCAGCGCCAGGGCAACUCUCAGCCCACCAACGUUUCAGAAUACAAUGCUGCUGCACUGAUGGAAAUCCUUCGUGAGAAGGAAGAAAGGAUCCUGGCCCUGGAAGCUGACAUGACUAAGUGGGAGCAGAAGUACUUGGAGGAGAAUGUGAUGAGACAUUUUGCUCUGGAUGCUGCAGCCACUGUAGCUGCUCAGAGGGACACAACAGUCAUCAGUCACUCUCCUAAUACCAGCUAUGACACGGCUCUAGAAGCUCGCAUCCAGAAGGAGGAAGAAGAAAUCUUGAUGGCUAACAAGCGUUGCCUUGACAUGGAGGGCAGGAUUAAGACCCUCCAUGCCCAGAUUAUUGAGAAGGAUGCCAUGAUCAAAGUGCUCCAGCAGCGUUCCCGGAAGGAGCCGAGUAAGACAGAGCAGCUGUCAUCCAUGCGGCCAGCAAAGUCGCUGAUGUCCAUUUCCAAUGCUGGAUCAGGCUUGCUCUCCCAUUCUUCAACCCUGACUGGCACCCCCAUCAUGGAAGAGAAGCGGGAUGACAAGAGCUGGAAGGGGAGCCUAGGUAUCCUCCUGGGUGGAGACUACCGUGCUGAGUCAGUUCCUUCCACCCCUUCACCUGUGCCGCCCUCAACUCCCCUGCUGUCAGCUCACUCCAAGACAGGCAGCCGGGACUGCAGCACCCAAACGGAACGGGGAGUAGAAUCCAACAAAACCAACGCUGUAGCUCCCAUCUCUGUUCCUGCUCCAGUUGCUGCUGCUGCCGCUGCUGCCACAAUCACUGCCGCCGCUGCCACCAACACCACCACCAUGGUAGCUGCUGCUCCAGUGGCUGUCGCUGCUGCCUCUGCUCCGGCCACUGCUGCCGCCACCGCCCCGUCUCCAGCAACUGCUACUGCUACUCUGGCUGCUGCCGUUUCUCCAGCUGCCACCGGAGCUCCAAUUCCAGCUACUGCCUCUGCUGUCACUGCUACUGUUGUUGCUCCUGUUGCUGCCGCCACCAUUCAGGUUGCUCCAGCUGUUCCGGCUCCAGUUCCAGCUCCAGCUCCAACUCCGGUUCCAGCUCCUGCAGCGGCUCAGGCUUCUGCUCCGGCUCAGACUCAGGCACCAACUCCAGCUCCGGCUGCGGCUGCUCCUCCAGCUCCAACUCCAGCUCCAGCUUUGGCUCAGUCUGAGGCUCCUGCAAGUCCAGCCACCGGUUCUGGACCACGUCGUUUGUCUACACCAAGCCUGAGCUGCAAUCCGGAUAAGCCAGAUGGCUCUGUUUUCCACUCCAACACUCUGGAAAGAAAAACUCCCAUUCAGAUCCUGGGACAAGAGCCUGAUACAGAGAUGGUGGAAUAUCUCAUCUAAACGGUCGAAUCAAGAGCUGCAGUGUAUCAGCAAGAAUGCUUUUAAUCAUUCUUCCCUUUUGUUUGUUCUUAUUUUGAGGGUGAGGACAAGGGUUGGGGGAGGGGAUUUUUUUAAAGGAACUUUUUAUUGAAUCAACAUAGUACUUAGGUAAUACCAUACGAACUCCAGUCUGUUCUGGUACCCUUAGGGAGUACCUCUAAAGCCAGAUCCAUUUGAAUGUGCUCUAAAGUUUAUUGUUUGGAUUUAUACAACUACUAGGACUGUUAAUAGCUGGAUAUACAUCAGUGUUCUCAACGUGGUGAAAUUUGUUUCUCAUUUCCAUAUUCCAGAUCAUUCUUUUAUAGAAGAGCACAGUAUGUUUAGAAGACCGUGUGUAACAUGUAGUUCAGAAGUGGGAAGCCAGAGAGGAUUGAGGUGUGUGCUGUUUUGUAUGGUUACCACCUAGGCAGCAUCCAGAGAGACCUCUUGCUUUGGGCUCAUGAAAGGGAAUAGUUUUAGAAGCUGUGUAAACUGGAGAAAAGGUAGGGAGUAUUGGGGUGCAGAAGGGUGCUGGAGUUAAUUUACCCCUCCCAAUUUCCCAGCUACCCUGGGCCAGGAGAUUGUGUUUAUCUUUAUUUCAGUGGUGCUUUGGAAGUGGGUUCUUUUGGUUCCCCUCGUGGAGGUUCAUACAUUCAUAUAUAUACUCUGGAGUAAUUUAUGCAUUUGGAUAAUUAAUAUAUUGCUUUCAGAUGCUAGGAGAGUAAAUUAGCUGAGUGAUGCACAACUUCUCUCUUAGGGUGUUAGACCACCUGAGGCCUUGACGGACAGUUGCAUGAGGUGCUGUAUACAGACUUGUGUAGUCUGUGUGGAGCCAGGAACACAGCUUGCUUGCCUUUCCUGAGACCAAGCUGCUCAGUGUUUAUUUCUUCUCCAGCACAAAUUCACUGGCUGUGUCACCAGUCUCAAACUGCUCAUCAUUAGCAAAAUGAGGAAGCAUUUUUGUUGACAGGUUGAAGGCUUUGAAUUUCUGGUGACUGCGUUGAAAUAACUCGUGUUGUUUUCCCAAAUUCUUCACAUACGUCUUAAAAGACAAAUUUGGCUAUCACCUCCGAUGGAAGAGCAUCAGAAGCCCAAAGUACUCUGCUGCAGUCGGGGGAGAGGGUGCUGCAGCACUAUUCUCAGCUACCUCUUCGCACUGCCAGUGACUUCAUCUUGGAACACCUUUGGAGAGCAGCAGGAAGCACACGUGUGGGCAGGGACCAACGAGGCCAUAGCCCCAAGCUUGGCUUUGGGCUGCCUCUAGGGACACAGAAGGGCUGUCUGUUGCCACAGGUCUCUGCUCUGUGUCACCUCUCUGCCCUUCAUUAAGGUGACAGAUCCACAGACAAUGUCAUUAAGAUCAGUUUUCAGGGGUAUCGGGUGGGGGGUGAGGGAAGGAAGGGAGGUGUUAGAUAAGGGUGGGGGGCAUAGGGGUUUGGGGAUGUGUUAGAUAGAAACCAGAUUAAUAGAAGAGUAGGCCUGAUAUAUUACAUUGUGAGGCAUAGUGGCUGGAAGAACUUUAGCUAUAUAGCCCUUCCCCCUCAUUUUAGUAAUGAGGAAUCUGAGACCUGGAGAGGUUAAGUGACUUUUUCAAGACCACACUACAGCUUUCCACUCUGCCAGUUACCAUGCUUAUUUUGGGAAACAUUUUUUCUAUACAAAAUGCUCCCGUUUAAGAAGAGACACCAACAUAGUCCAGGGCACAUGCGUUUUGGACAGUGUCCCUGGUUUGAGUAAUUUGUCCAACGUUUUGAAUUCCUUGUUUCUCUUGCAGUGCCUUUUGCAAGGUUUUUGCUUUCCUGAUCCUUAUUUCAAAAGAGUCACGUGAAACAUCCCCCUAAGAAAUCAACCUCACUUCUUCUCUUGCUAUGGGUUUGGGUAUCAGAUCAUUUUACAGGGUUUCUCUGCUAAUGUAGGAAUGGCAUAUUUAACAAUAUUUUUGUAUUGUUCCUGAAAGGAAUUGUUUUGUCUGUGGUGAGGGGGAGACAGGAGGGAAGGUGAUGUAACUUUUAAGCCAGUCUUGACUGAAAUUUUCAAAAAUGAAAUGAUCAUCCUACACAAGUCCUCAGUCAUCAACUGAAUCCCAAAUAGAAAUUAAAAGUGCAGUUGUGUUACUACUCACUCAUACUACCCUUUAGUCAUGGGGGGAAACCCUCACAUAAUAGAACCAACAAGUAGCAAACCUCAGGACUGCUACUUUCUAUUCAGAUAAAUAGAAAAGAAAAAGAAGAAACCAACAUUUCAUCUACUCCUUUCAUGAUUAUGACACAUUGCCAAGUUUUUGCUAGCUCUGGGAGCCGUCCUUUUAAUCACAUUUUGUAAGGUGACAAAUGUCAUACAUUCCACACUGUGUGGCAGCCAUCUCUUUAGACUCCUAUUUUUUGAGGAAAAGAAGAAGUUCUUGGCCAACUACUAUUUUGAACUUUUCACAGCUUCUCUGCCCCCUCACACCAGAGGGAGUCCCUUUUGGCUCAGUUUUUAAUCCCAGGUAAUUUGCUAAAGUAAUAUGGAACAUCUAAGAGAUGGAAGAAGUCCAUGUCAGUGUUUUCUGUUUACUGGGAGGAUAGAUCCAGCCUUUUCAGAAAAUCUCUAAUAGGUGUCAUUUUAAAAAUUCAGGUUUAUGAGAGAAAUCUCAAGUUAGCCACCUUUUCAUGAUUGUGUCGAAGUAAUAACAUUUGGGGGAUUCUUCUGGACUCCCACUUAUCUAUGCAUUUUACUGGCACCUCAGGACAGGAGGGUGACCUUGUUGUCUUAACUUGUACUGCCUGGUGGUCUCUGGGGACCUUCUGAGUCAGUUGUAUACCAGUGUCCCAUGUACAGAAAAACUUCAUUAAAAUAAACAUUACUUGAUAUAAAAUUCCUAUUAACAAUUUUUUAUUAAAUAAAACUAGCUUGAGCUGUCUUUUAAGACCAUGUAUCGGAUUAUUGUUUUAAUGAAGGAUUUAUUCUCAGUGCUGCUUUUGAGCUUCAGGACGACAGGAUAGUGGGAACCUAAAAUAUCUGAUGUCAUCUGCCAUGGGAAACACACCAAGAGCCCAGUCGUGCAUUCUUUUUCUUGUUACAGAGUGGGUGGGGACACCAGUUGAGAAACGAACAAACUGAUUGUGCAGACUACUUUUUUAUCAAGAGCCUAACCACUCAUAAUCCGGCAGCUUCAAGUGUAUACAUAUGCACUAACUUUUAUAAAUGAUAUUCUCUUGUCUGUUAGCCAUGCAAUCUCAUUAUCUCAAUUGCUCAUUCACAUUUGGAAUGUGUUACUUAAAAUGUGUGCAGUCUUGUUGAACAUGUUUUCAAAGGAAGGCAUCAGCUAUGGGCUAAUUGCCACCAAUUUCAGCCCGCCAUGAUCCUUGGAAAUAUAUCUUCCAAGUACCAUCCAUCAUCAGUUAGACAACUGUUGGGAGUUUGUUUAUUUUUCUCUGGUAGCAACGAUGGGUUACAUGGAGCCAUCAGAACUCCUUCUGGCCUCCCUUGUGAUUGAUGGCAUGUGUUUGUAGAAUGGAUAGCUGAGGUUGGCAGAUGGCUGGACAGAAAUCACCUUUGAUUUAAAAUGUAUGUGGCCCCAUAAUGAUGGAGACCCUGUUCUGUAAUCAACUGAGCUAGUUCCAAUAAAGUUAAGCAGGUUUGAAUCCACUUUGUGCCUAUCUUUUCACUGAUAAUAAAGUUAGCUAUUUUAAAAUGUAA